UCGCAGAACAUUCUGGAUAUCCGCUUCCAGGUUAGUCUGUUAGCAUGAAGCGAGACUUCAUUCAGUUUCCGCCAAGCCUCAUAUUUGUUUGAAACAAAGCUGCACAAAAACGCAACAAUGACGCUCACACCCCUAGUUUACUGGGCUCAACGCCAUGAAGAAAUUUUUCUUCGAGUGGAGCUGACAGACGCUCAGAAUAUUGUGGUUGACGUACAUGAAAACAGCCUUCACUUUAGAGCUCAGGGCCAUGGUGCAAAAGGACAAAAUGAAUAUGAUUUCAGGUUGGAGUUUCUCUUACCAGUAAAACCAGAGGUGACUCACAAGUCCACGCAGCGGCAAGUGAACAUAACAGUGCGGAAAGAGCAAAGUGGCUGGUGGGAGAGACUGGUCAUACAGGAGCGUAAACCUGCCUUCCUGGCACCUGACUUUGACCGCUGGCUGGAUGAGUCGGACGCUGAGAUGGAGAUCAGGGAAAAGGAGGAGAGAAGGAACAGACUGAAGGCUUCAAGGCACAAAGAGGAAGGGUUUGUCAGCCUGAAAACUGGAUUUUUAUUUGUAUAUAACCUGGUACAGUUUCUUGGUUUUUCAUGGAUCUUUGUCAACAUGACCGUGCGACUCUUUAUCUUUGGCCAAGAUUCUCUCUAUGACACAUUUCACACCAUAUCGGAUGCGAUGUUCCUCUGCCAGGUCCUGGCCGCAGUAGAGGUCCUCAAUGCUGCUUUUGGUGUUGUCAGAUCAGGUGUUGUUCCAGCUGUUAUACAGGUGGUUGGAAGGAAUUUUAUCCUCUUCAUCAUUUUUGGUAGUGUGGAGGAAAUGCACAACAAACCGGUCGUAUUCUUCGUUUUCUAUCUGUGGAGCGCCAUCGAGAUUUUUAGGUACCCAUUUUACAUGCUGGCCUGUUUCAAUACAGAGUGGAAAACCCUCACAUGGCUACGGUACACAAUCUGGAUACCACUGUACCCAUUAGGAACUUUAGCUGAAGCUGUUGCUGUGAUACAGUCUAUUCCCAUCUUUGAUGAGACUAAACUCUUCAGCAUUCCUCUGCCAAAAGCCAUCGGCACCUCUGUCAGCUUCUCUUACAUCCUGCACAUUUAUCUUCUUCUCAUGUUUCUUGGACUCUUUAUCAACUUGCGGCAUCUUUACAAGCAGAGGAAGAAGCGUUUCCGUACAAAGAAGAGAAAAGCAAACUGAUUUAGAAUGAACAACAAUCCUCUUAACACUUUUGCUGCCUGCUUGUUUCUGGAUUUUUCUAUUUCACCCUCAAACUGUGCUCCUCUCAAAAUCAUUUGUUAUGAGGACAGUAUUUUCUUAUCCACAGCCUGUUUGCUUGCACUAAAAUGUUUUCUUGUAGUGGGAAACAGGAACAUCCUACUGGUGAUGCAGUAUUUCAUGACUGCACUGAUGGUCUCACUCACUGGUGAUUCAUUUGUAAGCAUGCUUUGUAGAUUAGUGACAAGCUGCGUUAAGACAUAACUUGAUAUUCUGUAUGAUACCAAUGUUUCCUUUUAUGCACAACACUAAGCUGUUAUGAAAAGUUUUGUUUGCAUCUCUAUCACACAGCUGUUAAAUUUUGAUACUCACCUGGAUUUAGAAAGCAAAUCUCAGCCAUUUUCCAGAUUU